GGUCUCCUAGCCCGGAAAGGACCUGACUUCCCGGAGGCGGCAAAUCCGGAGGAUCCGCGCCUGCCUUCAUGCUGCCCGCGGGCUGCUCGCGCCGGCUGGUGGCCGAGCUGCGGGAUGCCCGGGACGCCUGCGCCGAGCGACAGCGGCAGCUGGAGCGGAGCCUGUGUGUCUCCCGCCGGCUGCUGCGGACCUGGGAACCAGUCGAGACGCCGGCUGCGGAGCCAGCCCCAGGGCCAGAACCUAAUGAAGAGGCCCCGCCUCCCGCAUGCACACCCAGCCCUCAAGAACUCAAGGAGCUGGAGCUUCUGACCCAGGCACUGGAGAAGGCUGUACGGGUGAGAAAAGGCACGUCUAAGGCUGGAGAAAGACACAAGGCCCUCAGCCUCAAGUCUGGGUCCGCUGCCGCUUCUGCCACCACAGCCUCUGCCCCGUCCCGGGCCUCCAGCCAGGCUGGCAGUCGAGCCUCAGAGACAAAACCACCCAGGGGCGCCCACCAGACCACGGUGCCUGCCAGGGGCCUCCCUGAGUGCAGGCUUCCAUCAGUGGGGGAUCGCACCCAUAUGGGGAGAGGAACCCGAGCCACCAAGCCUGGACCAGACCUCAGGGACCAACAGAUACCCCCAUCGGUUGCUCCUCAGGCCCCAGAAGCUUUCACACUGAAGGAGAAGGGCAUCCUGCUGAAGCUACCUAUGGCCUACAGGAAAGCGGCUUCCCAGAACUCCCGCCUGUGGGCCCAGUUCAGCUCUACACAGACCAGUGACUCCAGGGAUGCUGCUACCACGGCCAAAACCCAGUUCCUCCAGAAAAUGAAGAUGACGUCAGGCUGGCCCGGCUCUGGGCUCAGUGCUGCAGAGGCAGAGGCGGAGGUGGGGCUCCUGCAGAAGGCCUGCUCCCUGCUGAGACGGCGAAUGGAGGAAGAGCUCUCGGCAGACCCUGCUGACUGGAUGCAGGAGUACCACUGCCUGCUUACCCUGGAGGGGCUGCAGGCCAUCACGGGGCAGUGCCUCCACAGAGUGCAGGGGCUGCGUGCAGCGGUGGCGGGACAGCAGCUGGGGCCAUGGCCUGAGGGGAGAUGCCCCAGAGCCUCAGUGCCCUGUGAAGGAAGAACAGACCCUAGCUGGAGCCCCCAGCUUCUUCUCUACUCCAGCACCAAGGAGCUGCAGACUCUGGCGGCCCUCAGGCUGCGGGUGGCCAUGCUAGAGCAGCAGAUCCACCUGGAAAAGGUCCUGAUGGCUGAACUCCUCCCACUGGUGAGCACACGGGACCCACAGGGGCCAUCCUGGCUGGUGCUUUGCCGAGCUGUGCAUAGCCUGCUCUGUGAGGGAGGGGAGCGCUUCCUCACCAUCCUUCGAGAUGAACCUGCCGACUGAGCUCUUCCCAUGGCCAGCAGCCCUGUACCUUGCCCCCUUCCCAGGCCGCCGGACCCCGGCAGGAGGGUGAGCUCGUUCUGACCCAGACGACUGGGAGAGCAGUACCCUAUUAGGUGAACGGGGAUUGAGAGGAUUUUUGAUGUGGUGGGCCUGGGGGCCCAGAGAUGGCUAUACCCCCCUGGGAAACCAGGGUUCCCCGGGUGGAUUGGGGACAGCCCCCUGGAUCUUCUUGAGGAGCCCAGGGCCCCAAAGCUAGUGGUCAGGCCUCCGCUUGGCUUGGCCUGGCCUUCUGCAGGCUUGGAGACCAGAGGCCUGCUGGGCUUUUUUCUUAGCUACCUCUGUUUUUUCUUGCUUCAGACUUACAAGCCGCUUGUGUGACAUUAAAACUACUUUAGAAAGUAUAUGUGUAAGAUGGAACUUGGUGUGUUUGGUUU